GCAUGUGAAUAUUCAUUUUUUCCCACCUAUGAAGCACAAUUUCUUCAACCUCGAGAAAAUGUUCGGCAUAUAUUCCACUUGCCAUAAUAUCUUUUAUUUUGCCAAGCAUAUUAUUCAUCCUUUCAUAAAUUUCACCCAUCUUUUGGCCGUCACCAUCAUCAAAUUGUACCACAAGAUAAAUUGGCUUUGUGAAAUCUAAUAUUGCCUCAACAUGUUCCCAAAAAGUAUCAUCUUGCACAAAGAAUAAAAAAAAAAAAAUAACCCUAAAAAAACCUAGCCCACCCAAUCCCACUCGCAUCUCAUCAAGCACCUGCAACCUCCUCUCUCUCCCUUUCUCUCUCGUUGUGGGGAAGAGAAGAUGGGGCGUUGGGGCAAUGAUUAUCGGGUUGGGAACUGGGAAGUGGGAGAAGGAGGGGUUUUUUUUUUUUUUCCCUUUUAAUUUUUAGUUUUUAGUUUUUAAUUUAUUUACUAUUUUAUUUAACUGGACUUUUUUACCCCUUUAUUUGAUGACAAUAUUGCAUAAUGUAACAGUAGGACCAAUGUGUCGAUUGAUAAAGAGUUGAUGGAUCAUUUGAAUGAAUAAUUUAGUUGAGAGAUCAAAAUGCAACUCGGGUAUAAAUUUGAAGACAAUUUGAGUAAAUAACCAUUUAGUAUAUUAGGGUCUCUCUCAAUAAAAAAGAUCAUUUUAAAAAAAUUAAAUAAAAAAUAAAAUUUUAAAAAAAGAGACCUGGAAAGCUCACAGACCUUCUAGCCCAUCAUCGUCUCUGUCACUUCCUCGUUGAGUCCCCAUUUCCUUUCUUCUGUCUUUCUCAUCUCCAUCGAAUUAGCAGCCUCAUUUUACGGACAGACAUUGAUUUUCGCUGCUUCCUCCUAGAGCGCGCGCAGAUCUUCUUUACAACACAGCACCUGCCCCACUCCACCUCACUCAGGAACCUAAUUUCAUUGCCUCAAGGUCUAAGCUUAUGAAAUUUAAUAUUUCUCUGAAGCUAGGAUUCUCCUUGUUGUGCAUGAAGUUUCAUGCAACUUAUUAAAUUCAUCGAGGAAGUGGUUUUGGAUUGAUUCUCAAAGUUCCCACCCAUUUCUUGGAUUGGUGUCUUGUGCACAUUUUGGAUGGUGGGUUGUGUGAAUCUUCACGUUUUAUUGAAGAUUUUUUAUCCAGGUAUUCUUAAAUUCGUGAACUCUGAGUAGUUUCUGAAACAGUUCUGGGGUUUCGAGAAAGCCCUUUCAUUUAUAAACUAUGAGGGAGCUCUAAAUAUCUGGUCAUGUUUGGUACUGCAAAAGUGGUCUUGAUUCUUCAGCAGCUUAUUACUAUUGUGGAAAUUGUCGUAUUGAGAUUAUAUAGUUGAGUUUGAAGCAUCCUUAAGAAAUAUAUUAUAGAUGGGUAGGCCGUUGGUUUUCGAGAUCUUGGAAAAACCAGCCACGAGUUGUUUCAUAGGAAUAUGCAGUGCAAUUUGGUUCUACAUACAGAAGAAAAACAUUGGGUAUUCACAUGUGGGCUUGAGUUAUGAAACUGCCAUUGCAGGGCACCAUUGGAGGAUUAUAACUUCAGCUUUUUCUCAUAUAAGCAUUCUUCAUCUUGUUUUCAAUAUGAGUGCACUUUGGAGUCUUGGGGUAGUAGAAAAGUUGGGGCCUAUAGGUCUCGGGAUGGAAUAUUAUCUGCAGUACACACUUGUCUUGGUUGUACUUUCCGGAGCGCUAGUCUUGGGGAUGUACCAUAUCUUAAUCCAAAAAUUCAAGAUUGAGUAUUUUCGGAGAGUUACUGCUGUUGGGUAUUCUUGUGUUGUUUUUGGUUGGAUGACGAUUCUUUCUGUCAAGCAACCUACAUCCAAGUUGCAUCUUUUUGGAUUUCUUUCACUUCCCAUUAGUUUUGCUCCAUUUGAGUCACUUAUUUUUACUUCAAUCAUCGUUCCUCAAGCAAGUUUUAUCGGUCAUUUAUCUGGAAUUGUUGUUGGGUAUGCUAUCGCAUGGGGUUUAAUUCAUGGUAUGAACAACUACUGGGCAGUUUCCAUGUUGGGAUGGAUUGUACUUGUUUCUGUGUUCAGUUUGAAGCGAUCUGGUGCAUAUGAUUUCAGUUUUCUUGAGAUUGAAUCUGUUACUGAUCCUUCAUUGCCAUCUGUACGGUUUGUUGGAAAUGGUAGAACAUUGCAAAUGAGCGCAUUACCAGCUACAGGUGUUGAGCUUGUGUAAUAUAUUUGUAAAUGCAACCUUGACUUGGGGUCUAGUUAUUGCAGAGUUUAGAUCCACCAAGCCUUAGUCAUACUUGAAACUUUGUUGAUUUUUCGGAACAUUCCAGAUUGGUCACCUCUGCCCACUGUGGUGAUACAAAUCCCAGGGUGCUACGGUUUGACCCGUUAGAGUGAUCGAUUGUGCUUGCUGCAUAUGUUAGGGUUGAUUGUCAUUGUUGUGUUAUAGGAACGGUUUUUUAAUUAUCAUUUGUAGUAUCUCUUGAGUCUGUUAAAUUGAGCAGAUAAUGUAUCAUUCUACUACUGUUUUCUCAGAGAAAUGAUGGAAGAUGAAUUGUGUAAUGGUGUUGACAAUACGCAUGCAGUCGUUUAUUGUACGAUACAAGCCUUGAGGAAGAUAAUUCAUUUAUUCUUUGUUCA